CUCACUUUCUCUCUCUCUAUAACCACUCUCUCCCUCACACAGUCGCAACCUGGACUCCACCGCUCUCCUCCAUCUUCUCUCUAAAUCUCUCUUCCGUAACAGCCGUCGGAGUUAAUGUGACGACCACAGCCAUGUCAGAGAGCUUGGAGAACGAUUACAAGCUCUGUGAAGAGCUCGGCCGAGGUCAGUUCGGGAUCAUAUAUCGUUGUUUUUCACUAACUUCUGGUGAAGCUUUUGCAUGUAAAUCGAUUGACAAGCGUCUCCUCUCUGACUCCACGGAUCGGGAAUGCAUCAACAAAGAGCCGAAAGUCCUCCGCGUCCUCGCCGGAAACGCUCAUGUGAUUCAGAUUCAUCGUCUCUACGAAGACGAGAACUGGAUCCAUAUGGUGGUUGAUCUUUGUGAUGGUCCGGAUCUCUACGAUCGCAUCUCAAAACGCGGUGGUGCGUUUUCAGAGUCUGAAGCGGUUUCGAUUUUCACUCAGUUGAUUGAAGCGAUUAGUUAUUGUCAUAGAUUAGGCAUUGCACAUCGGGACAUUAAGCCGGAUAAUGUGUUGUUUGAUUCAACCGGGAAAUUGAAGCUGGCGGACUUUGGAUCGGCGGAGUGGUUCGGGAUGAAUGAGCGUGGAACGAUGACCGGAGUAGUCGGCACGCCGUACUAUGUUGCACCGGAGGUUUUGUUGGGGAGAGAGUAUAAUGAGAAGGUCGACGUUUGGAGUGCCGGUGUAAUUCUGUACAUUUUAUUAGGCGGAGUUCCUCCAUUUUAUGGUGAAACGUCGGUGGAGACAUUUGAGGCUGUUUUGCGAGGGAAUUUAAGGUUUCCGGCGAGAAUUUUCAGGUCAGUUUCACCGGAAGCGAAGGAUCUGUUGCGGAAAAUGCUUUGCAAGGAUGCUUCUAGGCGAUUUUCAGUCGAACAAGUUUCAAGGCAUCCAUGGGUUAUAAAUGGAGGUGCGAAUCGAUCAAGUGGCUGAUUUAAACUGAAAUAUGCUCCUUUCUUCUUCAAGCUAUAAAGAAAGCAUAAGAAGUAAGAUAAAGCUAGCUUGUAGGUGAAUAAGGUAAUGAGUUUUGUAAAUGUUUGGAGAAUAAAUAAUGACGAGAGAAGUAAACGUUGUAAAUAUGGUAAGAGAUGAGAAACUAGUCAACUAGGAGGGAGGGAUAGAACUUUGCAAUGAGUUAUGAUGAUGAGAAUGUACUUGACC